AGUUGACGGUCGAACGGUUAAAUCGUAUGAUAUUGAGCGUUCGUUUGGUUUAAACAGUACAUCUUAAAUUCACAGUGUACCGUUGAAUAUAUUCGUAUUCGGGCGUGAAAUACCUAGCCACUUAUUACCGCAGUUCGUUCAACGGUUUACGUCUCGUUCAUUUGAAUUCGCGUGCACGUUCACGUAUCAUCGCAGCCAUGGUUGCCGGUGCUAAAAUGAUGAAUGUCAGGGUGACGACGAUGGACGCUGAACUGGAGUUCGCGAUCCAGCACACGACCACCGGGAAGCAACUCUUUGACCAGGUUGUAAAAACGAUCGGAUUGCGCGAGGUGUGGUUCUUCGGACUUCAGUACACUGACAAUAAGGGUGAUCUGACAUGGAUCAAAUUGUACAAGAAGGUGAUGAGCCAGGAAGUCAAGAAGGAGACUCCGUUGCAGUUCAAGUUUCGCGCCAAGUUCUACCCUGAAGAUGUUGCCGAGGAAUUGAUUCAAGACAUCACGUUGCGUCUAUUUUACCUUCAGGUGAAAAAUGCUAUCCUUACGGAUGAAAUCUACUGUCCUCCGGAAACAUCUGUAUUGUUAGCCUCUUAUGCAGUCCAAGCGAAACAUGGAGAUUUUCAAAGAGGUACACACACUGCUGGCUUUUUAAUAAAUGACCGCUUACUACCAGAACGAGUCGUGAACCAACACAAAAUGAGCACAGAAGAAUGGGAAACUUCCAUCACUAAUUGGUGGCAAGAGCACCGUGGAAUGUUACGCGAGGAUGCUAUGAUGGAAUAUCUGAAAAUCGCUCAGGAUUUGGAAAUGUACGGAGUGAAUUAUUUUGAAAUUCGUAAUAAAAAAGGUACAGAUCUUUGGUUAGGUGUAGAUGCCUUGGGUUUGAAUAUAUACGAGAAGGAUGACAAGUUGACGCCAAAAAUUGGUUUUCCCUGGUCUGAGAUCAGAAAUAUUUCAUUCAAUGAGAAGAAAUUCAUAAUUAAACCGAUUGACAAAAAGGCGCCGGAUUUCGUCUUCUUUGCAACUAGAGUUAAAAUUAAUAAACGAAUUUUGGCACUGUGUAUGGGAAAUCAUGAGCUGUAUAUGCGUAGGCGUAAACCUGAUACAAUUGAUGUACAGCAAAUGAAGGCUCAAGCGAGAGAGGAAAAAAUUGCAAAACAACAACAAAGAGAAAAGUUACAACUAGAAAUAGCAGCAAGAGAACGCGCGGAAAGAAAACAACAAGAAUAUGAAGAAAGGCUGCGAUUUAUGGCAGAAGAGAUGGAUAGGCGACAAGCAGAAUUAAAUGAAGCCCAAGAAAUGAUUCGACGUUUAGAAGAGCACCUUAAACAAUUACAAGCUGCAAAAGAAGAAUUGGAAGAUCGUCAGAAAGAACUUACAGCGAUGAUGGAAAAACUUGAACUUUCACAUGAAAUGGAAGCCGCAGAGCGUGCUAAACUCGAACAAGAAAUAAGAGCUAAACAAGAAGAAAUACAACGUAUACAAUCCGAAGUAGUAGCAAAAGAUGCAGAAGCAAGGAGAUUGGAAGAAGUAUUUGAAGCUGCCAAAUUACGACAAGAAGAAGCUGAUCGAGCAUAUCAGGCUAAUACAACACCACAUCAUCAUCAUGUUGAAGAAAACGAAGAGGGUGAAGAAGAAGGGGAGGAUGAAGUUUCUCAUAGUGAUGUUACUAAAGAUCUUGCAACUGACGAAUCAAUAAUUGAUCCUGUCGAGGAGCGACGCACCUUGGCAGAAAGAAAUGAACGUCUUCAUGACCAGCUUAAGGCAUUGAAGCAAGACCUUGCACAGUCACGCGAUGAAUCGAAAGAAACUGUUAUGGAUAAAAUUCACAGGGAAAAUGUGAAACAAGGUCGUGAUAAAUAUAAAACGCUUCGUGAGAUUCGUAAAGGCAAUACUGUGUGCCCAUUUCAUCCUGCCUUUAAAUUCUCUUUGAAUUUCGUGUACGCAUGGAACUCAGUAAUCACUUAUAUAUGA